AUGAAAAUCGUUCUGGCUUUGGUGUGUUUGGCAGUGUGUGUGGCGCAGUUGAAUGCUCAGCCCCCAGUGGUGUGUCGUGGACGUCCUGUCUUCCAAGUGUGCACUGGUGGCCGGGAUGAGGGCAACGCCAACGGCCGAUUGUGCCGUCUCACCUCCCAGGAUCCUAUGUGGUACUACAACAGCCGACAAAGGACCUGCAUCAGAAUGCGUUAUCGCGGCUGCGGUGGCAACAACAACCGUUAUUGCACCAAUGCUGAUUGUCUUCAGAGAUGCAGGCGUUAA